UGUUGCCAGGAGUUUUACGCGCCGCCGCUGUGUAAAUCCGGCAAGCGCUCUCAGCCUUUCAAAUGGACGGCGCCAAACCGAUGCCUUCCGCCGCCGACAACGAUGCCUCCGGCGCCUCGGAGGCUGCGAAACGGCCGCGGGAGGACGACGCCGCGCAAGACGAAGCCAAGCGGCCGCGCGCCGACGACGCGCCCGCGCCGACCAACAACGCCAUGCAAGACGCCACCGCUGCGCCGGUCCCCGCGCAAGACGCUGUGCCGGACGCGCAAGACGCCGCCACGCGCCAGAACCUCGAGGCCCGCUACGUCGGCCUGACUUUUAUUGAUGACGACGCGGCGGGCGAGGGCGCGCGCGAGAUCGUUCGGAUCGACAAGGCCGGCGCCGUGUGGACGGUGGUCGCGGCGCAAAUCACCAACAAGGAAAACGAGCAGCCCUACCUCGUCAACGAGGCGUUGGAUGCCAUGGUCGACGCCUACCGCUGCCGGGGCGACGCCCGCCACGAGACGUGCGCCUGCCCGCCGCCGCGCGGCCACACGAUCGAGGUCCUCUGGGAGGUGCACGACGAGGAGACGAAUGAAGCGAGAGACGUCUGGUGGCGCGCGGUUGUCGGCGAGGAGGACGGCAGCGGCCACGCGCUCGACAACGGCGACGUCGUCCUACGGAAAUAUUCUGUAGAGUACGUCGCGCGGCCGGAGCUGUCCGAGCCGGCGCCGGCCUCAUACAAUGUGUGCUUCCUCUCGCCGCGCGCUUUAUUAGAUUGCUCGGGUGAUGUGGUCAUGCAGUGGCGGUCCUUUGGCAGUAAUGAUCAGCCGGACCCCGCGCUCGUCGAGGCGUCGCUGGACGCGGACGUGGAGAACGCGCUGCCGAUAGCCCAGCCGCGGACGCCCGCCGGGAAUGUGGACGAGAGCGUGGAUGUGGUCGUGGCGCGGGUCAUCGGCGACCACAGCGCGCGCAUCCAGAGCCUGCCGGCGGACCAGCAGUGCGCCGUCGCGGAUCGGGUGGUGGACGCGAAGGAGCGGCUCAAGGGCGCGUUGAAGGCCCAUUUACUGGCGCGGCCCGAUCCCGCGGCGCCCGUGACCCCGGAGGACGUGCAUGCAGCCGUGCGGUCCAUGGCCGCCGCGCGCCCGGACGAAGGGUAAAGCUCUGUACAACUAUUUUAAGACUGCCCUUCCCCGGGCGCGCACGACUUCUUCGUCGCGCGCCGCCG